CGUUCCUCAUUCCUCGAAUAGUUGUGCUCAGCUCCCGUUAAGUACUAGGCACCAAGUCUUAAAAUGAGUAACCAAUGUCACUACUUAGUCUCGAAGCUGCCGGUGUGUGGGGAGGGUCUACGAAAGCCCCACACUGCUCUAAUCCUGUUAAGUAGGGUUCUUUGUGGGGGGUGGGUCGGGGGGAAAAGACUUUAAAAAGGUCUUGCAGAACGUUUAGGAUGCUUAGGCGGUAAGAGUCAGACCUCUUUUUCAGGGUUCCAUAAAACUUACCAGGGAAGAGUAAAUCCUAAAAACUCGGGAACUGCAGUUCUCAGACUUAACACCUUCCCUCUUUUCAUAGGAAACAUUAUUACAGCUUCCUUUACUGAGUUUUCUCAGGCAGGAGUGUUAGACACCCCACGUCCCCUGUCCAAGGUCACACAGCUGGUAAUGGAAGACCCAGAAUUUGGACACUUGCCUCUCCGGUCUCCUACACAGGUUGCAGUUAAGGACUUAGUAAACCAAGUCAGAGUAUUUGCAGUUUAUGCAGUGGAUAGGGCUGUGGAGGAUAAGAUGACUAGAGAGAGGCCCUCUCCUCCAGGGACCUAACGUUUGAAAGAAUUGCAUUCCAGAUUAAUACAUCAUUUUAAAAAAUCAUUAGAUGCCUUAUGUGUGCCCAACUUCUUGCUAGGCCUAGGAAGAGUGCAAAGUACUGUAUAGUCCCUUCCUCAUCCCAGUUCUGGGCUCCUCUGGCUCUGGGCUGUAGUCUUGCCCAUGUGUCAAAGGAACAUAGAGAAUAAACUGUCCUACUAUGUUCUCUCCCUGUCAACAUACAUACAUUCUCCACACUUCCCAGAUUUCACAGGAAAAUCUUUGUGAAAAAACCUUGCAAAAGAAUCUGUUUGGAUCAUGAUCGGGCUUGGGUACUUGGAAUGGGGAGGGAGCUGUCAUUCCUGUUUCCACCAACUCCUUAAACAUGUCAGACUGGAUCUGAAGCUGGAAGGGGCAAUGUCUUUUAAAGUACUGGACCUUGUUUCUGUUAUGGGAAAAAGGGAAGUGAGAAGUGGCCAUUCUGGUGCUCUGGAUUUCAUACCCCAUGCUCACCUAGAAAAGAGACCGAAACCUUUCCAGAGUAGAUUGGGAAUCACUGUUUGGGAGGAGUGAAGGCGCUCAGUAGGGCUUCUCUGAGGAGGAAUUAUUGGAGCAGAGCCCUGAAUGACGGAGGAGAAGGGGCUUUCAGGUAGAAAGAACUACAAGUGGAAAGGCCCCAAAGCAGGCUUCAGAGGGUCAGGGAAACUAUUCCAUCCAUCCAGUUCCUCCCCCCUCCUCCUCCCAACAGUGAGAAGUGGGUUAUUUGCUUCUAGAUGGAUGUAAAUUUCAGCAGCCUCUAGGGGUGUCUCAGAGUCCUGGAGACUACAUUGUCAUUAGGGCUGGGCAACAGACUUUAGGACUGGGACCAGGGUGGGGGUUAAGUAUAUAUAGAGAGGCCAGCAGAAGAAUCUUCUCUCCCGAAUGCAGCUACUGCUCCCCAAACCACUUCUUAGGCUGACUGUUUCCUUUCCUCUACCAGGACCGCAAAGGAAUCCACCGCAGAGUACACAGAGUGAGCCCCGGUCCCAUGGUGGUCCCUGGGGCUGCCUGGGGCUUCCUGCCGCACUGCUGCCAGCUGGCCAGGGCCAGGAAGAGUUGGGGACUAUCGGGGAGAGCCAGAGACGGGCCUCCCAGCCUGCCAUCCCCUUCCUGUCCCUGGACCCACCUGCCGUCCUUGUGGCUCUGGAUGAGCUUGCACCACAGGGGAACCUCAAGUCACAUAGGGAUUUCCUCCCAAGCAUAGACCCUUUCCUUCCAGGGCAAGCUCCAACAUGGGGUGAGGUACAGAAGAGAGACUUGAAGGAUGCACUCUGGCACUCAAGCACAAAACCUGCACCCUUGACCAGGGUCUCUUAUUCCAUGUCUGUGAUGGGGCAAAAUGGGCACAGCACAUCCUGCUCCAGAGGUACAGGGAGAGAACAUGCUAUAUCCGCCACUCCUUCCCAAGAAGGAGGGGAACAGAAGCUUCAGAGCCCACCCAUGCAGGGCUCACGGUACAUGGUAAAGCUAGCUGCAGCCCACCUCUGAAACAGCCACAGCCCCUGCUGUGAGAGAAGGAACCCUGGAAUCCGCGGACCAGUUUUCCAGGCCUCCCUCUCUUCCCUCUGCUACCGUUCCCUUUCUAGGCCUUAAGAAAACUGAAAAUAACUCUCAGCUGGAGGAGGUGGACUCCAGAGUGUGAGUGGCACGCUGCACCCUGAGGGCGCCCGGCUGGCCCUCAUCAUGCUCGCUGCCUCAGAGGCAGCAGCCGGCAGGCCUUAUGGGUGCAGUGAGUGUGGAAAGAGCUUCCGCUACAGUUCGGUGCUGCUGCGGCAUGAGCGCGCCCAUGGUGGCGACAGCCGCUUCCGCUGUCUAGAGUGCGGCGAGCGCUGCGCACAGGCCGCAGACCUCCGUGCGCACCGACGCGCUCAUGCGGGCCAGACGCUCUACAUCUGCAAUGAGUGUGGCCAGAGCUUCCAUCACAGCGGCCGCCUUGACCUACACCAGAGCGCGCACAGGCGGCGCAGCCGCUCCUGCCGCUGCCGAGCUUGCGGCCGCGGCUUCCCACACCUCCCGGCUCUGCUGCUGCACAGGCGCAACUGGCACCCUCCCGAGCGGCCCCGCCGCUGCCCUCUGUGCCCUCGUGCCUUCCGCCAGAGCGCACUGCGCUUCCACCAGGCACGGGCACACCCGUGGGGGACACCGGCCGUGCCCGCUGACACGCUCCAUCGCUGCACUCAGUGCCCGCGGGCCUUCCGCAGCGGUGCGGGACUUCGGAGCCAUUUGCGUGUCCACGCGGCCAGGAGCCCUGGUGACUCCACACUUCGGCAGCCAGGCACUUCGGACGCACACCAAUGUGGUGUGUGUGGCAAGAGCUUUGGCAAGAGCUCCACACUAACGCGACACCUGCAGACGCACUCGGGUGAGAAACCUUUCAAAUGCCCGGAGUGUGGCAAGGGCUUCUUGGAGAGCGCCACCCUGGUGCGCCAUCAGCGCACGCACACGGGCGAGAAGCCCUACGCCUGCAGCGACUGCGGGCGCCGCUUCAGCGAGAGCUCCACGCUGCUGCGCCAUCGGCGCAGCCACCAGGGAGAGCGGCCACACGCAUGCGCCACGUGUGGCAAGGGCUUCGGGCAGCGCUCCGACCUUGUGGUGCACCAGCGCAUCCACACAGGCGAGAGGCCCUUCCCGUGUACCGAGUGUGGCCGCUGCUUCAGCGACCGCUCGGACCUCACAAAGCACAGGCGCACACACACAGGCGAGAAGCCCUACCGCUGUGAGUUGUGCGGCAAGCACUUCACGUGCGUGUCCAACCUCAACGUGCACCGGCGCAACCAUGCUGGCCACAAGCCCCACAAGUGCCCUGAGUGUGGCAAAGCCUUCAGUGUGGGCUCCAAGCUGGCACUGCACCGCAAGACGCACCUGGGCGAGCGGCCGGCGGAAUGUGCGGAGUGUGGCAAGUGUUUCAGCCACAGCCGCUCCCUGUCGCAGCACCAGCGGGCCCACACACGUGCUCGCGCCGCCGCAGCUACAGCUGCCGCUGCCACUCAGGCCAAGGCAGGCACUGCUCUCAUCUUUGCUGGGCAAGCAGGACAGGAAAAGCCAGGGCUUUUUGUGUCUCAGUUGAGAAAGCCUUGCUGAGCGUCUUCUCCGGAGUGGGCUAGACAAGCACUUUUAUAGUGCCAUAGGGACGGGUGGGACAACUCGCAGAUGGAGUUCUGUGGGAGGACAGCGUGGCGUAUUACCUUUCUCCAUCUCUGUUGGUAGCACUUCACCUGGCCUCUCGCUGCACCCCUACACCUACUUCCCCUGUCAGCUCUUUGCCUGUUCUCAGUCCGUCCUUCUCCCCCUCUGAGGUGUAGGUGCAGGGAGAACCUCUCAGACCCCACGCGUGGAAGAGCGCCCAAGUAUUGGUGUGUCCCAUCCCUGCUGCUGUGCUCUCAGGUGUUUCCUGUUUUCCCAUCAGCAUUCUGUCUUCUCUUGUCCCAUCUCCUCUUUCCAGCCUGAGUCUCCUCUACCUCUUCUUUCCAGAUACUUUUGGUGUCCUGCCUCUUCAGGUAAUGACCACAGAUGUGGCCGGAGUCACAUCCCACAGGCCCUGUGGUUUUCUUGCCUCUUCCUUUCACUUGACUGUUAGUCUCUCUGCUACUUUCUCCCUCAGCUUCUGAGAGAUGGGAAAUUUGCAUAGAGAUAGUGGCAAAGCUCACUUCACUGAAAGAUAUCUCCACACCAGAAGCACCCAGAGAAGUGCUUCACACCAUGUAAAGGUGGGCAGGAGCUCUCAGCAUGGCUGCCCACCUGUCCCAUGGGACAGACCUGUUGGUGUACAGAUUAAGGUGCCUCUCAGGACAGUGUUCUCCAGGUGGGGGACAUCAGCCCUGGGACCUGAGUCAAGACCACAUGGGUCCACAAAGCUGGGCACUGACAAGUGCAGUAAGAACGCUAUACACAAAUUAAGCUUGGAGCCAUGAGGAAACUGAGCUCCACAGAGGCCACAGUGCAGGGCUGAAAAUUCCCUGUAAUUGGCCAGCGAUUGUUUUGCUUGCAGGUGUUGAAAUAAAGAAUUAUUUGAGUUC